GAAGCCGCGGCGGCUUACAGCAGCUCCUUGAACCUUUCUGCUAACGGGAGGGAGCAGUACAGCAGGGGUUUCGGCAGCUCCUAUUCCAGCCCUUAUCCGGCUUACAUGAGCCCCGAAAUGGCCACGACUUGGACUUCUUCACCCUUCGACAGCCCCAUGCUGCACAACCUGCAGAGCCGAGGGACGCCCGCAGCCGCCCGGCACGCCAAUAUAGCAGAAUUUUUUGAUGAUUAUUCAGAGGGGCGAGAAUGUGUCAACUGUGGGGCCAUGUCCACCCCACUCUGGAGGAGAGAUGGCACGGGGCACUACCUCUGCAAUGCCUGCGGGCUCUACCACAAGAUGAAUGGCAUCAACCGGCCCUUGUUCAAACCUCAGAGGAGGCUGUCGGCUUCCCGCCGCGUCGGUCUCUCUUGUGCCAACUGCCACACAACGACAACCACGCUCUGGCGCAGAAACGCUGAGGGAGAGCCCGUCUGUAACGCCUGCGGACUCUACAUGAAGCUCCAUGGGGUUCCAAGGCCUUUAGCAAUGAGAAAAGAGGGCAUUCAGACGAGGAAGCGCAAGCCGAAGAACCUUAACAAAACAAAGGCGCCAGCAGGUCCAUCCAGCAGCGAGAGUCUUACCCCGACCACCAGCUCCACCAGCAGCAGCAGCAGCGCCACGACCACUGAGGAAAUGCGCCCCAUAAAAACAGAACCUGGGCUCUCAUCUCAUUAUGGGCACCACAGCCCAAUUUCUCAGGCAUUCUCAGUCUCUGCCAUGUCUGGACAUGGAUCAUCCAUUCACCCUGCAAUUUCAGCUCUGAAGCUUUCCCCGCAGGCUUACCAGUCAGCUAUCAGCCAGUCUCCACAAACCAGCUCCAAACAGGACUCCUGGAACAGCCUGGUCUUAGCUGAAAACCAUGGGGACAUCAUAACUGCAUAACCUGGUCUUCCACCCAUGGACUUCAGGUUGAUCUGCUUGAGAGAUGAAGAAGAUGCCACGUAAUCAUCAAGUCAAUGUUGUUUCCCACCUCCCCUGCUCUCCCUCCUUCUCUCCCCUUGUGAGAUGUUCCAGCAAAGAGGUAAAGAGGACUUAUCUGAGGUGUAGGAGAGCUCUUAUGAAAUGAACAGAGAAGACUCAAAUCUCCAUGCUAAUGGAUUUGAAGCCUUUUCCCUGCCUUUAAACGAGCCUCUCUAUUUGAUUAUCAACACCUUCUAUGAAAUAGCCA